AUGGAGGAUAACGCCGAACUUGAGUCAUUUCGCCGUCAAUGGCGGGAGGAAGUUGCGCGCAGGUCAAAGCAGACUCAUCAUCAAACGUCACAUCCGAAACCAUCAGCUUCCUCUAUCCAAGCCCGACCAAGCCAGUUCCCUCCCACUCUCCAGGAGACAUCUGAACGGAAAGAGAUAGAGGAAGUAGGGACCGGAGCACUCGAUCAGAGCGAGAUUGUUGUUCAAGGGGUCAGUCAAUUAAGCUUUGGUACAGCCGAUGAAGAUGCGUUCCAUUCACGAGGGCCCCGGGAAGAGCCCAAAUCGGCAUUAGAGCACUUCGAACGGGCAGUCGAGAAGGAGGCAGAGGGCAACUUAGGAGACAGUCUACAGCACUACCGUAAAGCUUAUCGGUUAGAUGCGACAGUUGACAAAACGUAUCGCAACAAGCAUUUUGCCUGGGCAUGGAAGAAGUCAGCCCAAGCUUCUGCCCCUUCAAACAGUGGUGUCCUUCCAAGUCAGCAGCCCAAGGACACUCCUAAAGCUCUACCGACCCCAGAACUCAUUGCCUCUUUUGCCAAUCUUCCCAUUCCGCAGGCGGAACCUAUCAUAGAGAACACACCUCCGCCUCCAUGUCCAAUUGCGAAGGUCCCAUCCGAAGUGUUGGUAGAGAUUCUUAAACAUGUUGCCUUGCGGGACCCCGCCACCUUCUUUCGGACUUCGCUAGUCUGUAAGCGCCUGGCGUAUCAUUUUGCCCAUGAACAGCACAUUUGGAAGCGACUCUGCCAGGGCCCGGAGUUUGGGUUCAAAUCAAUGCACUACUCGUUUGCUUGUGAUGUUUUCGGCAGGCCUGAAUAUACUCUCGGUCCACGCUAUACGCCUUUCCCGACCUCCGCCUCCGUGCAAAUCCCAGAGCCUCUGUCUUCAUGGGGAGAAGUAUUUCAGAUGUUUCCUCGAAUUCGCUUUACGGGAAUAUACAUUAGCACAGUCAAUUACACCCGUGCAGGUGCAGCCUCGUCGUACCAGAGCGUAUCCUGGAAUAGUCCGAUUCACAUAGUAACCUACUAUCGGUUCCUACGCUUUUAUCCGGAUGGAUCUGUUAUUUCCAUGCUGAGCACCGUGGAACCCGUGGAUUUGGUUCCACAUAUCUGCAAGGAGAACGUGAUGGCAGCGCGGGCAACCUCUCAGAAGCAGCAUCAACGGCAACUCUCCGACGGAGGCACCUCAUUAUCCGGUGCUCCGGAUCCGAUCCCCCCUGUUGCUAUGGGAGCAUUGAAGCAAGCCCAAUGGGGCCGCUGGCGUAUGGCUCACCCUUCGCCUCAUUCUGGAGAGCCGCAAGAUGGCAGGCAGACCGACCCGUCCUUGGGUUUCUUAUCUUCUUCUGGCAAAGUGUCCCCGGAUGAUACACUUGAUCCCAGGGAUAUCAUCAUUGAAACCGAAGGUGUAGGGUCGAAAUAUAUUUAUCUUCUAUACUUAUCCCUUCGGUCAUCUACGACGACUCGAUCCAAUUCCACUGAUGCUCCGGCUAAUCCGUCAAAAAAUACGAAAUUGGCCUGGAAAGGACACUGGAGCUACAACAAGCUCACUGACGACUGGGCCGAGUUCAGACUCCGGAAUGACCGAGCCUUUGUCUUCCGACGUGUCCGUGGUUGGGGCAUAAGCUAA